AGCAGCAAUGAUAUCGGUCUCGUCAUCUCAAAGACAAGAGAGGAGGAUGUUGGAUGGGUCACAAACUUCUGCAGAGACUUUAAAUGCGCGCCAUACAUCUAUACGAUGGACGAACCGGGCUUUCUUAUUCCUCGGACGAAUGUAGGCCAUGAAGCAAGUGCCUACCUCACCCACAUCAUCGACCACUACUAUGACCUCCACCCAUAUACCAUCUUCAUCUACGACAAGGAAGAGAACUGGUAUAAUGAUGUAGAUGGGCUAAAGACCUUGAAUCAACUUCCUAGUCUACGGUUCGAAGCCGUGAAUCGCAAGGGCUUUGUGAACCUACGCUGCUUGGCUAUACCUGGUUGUCUAGAUGGUCUGCACCCGUCGAUUAUCCAACAAACUGAUAUUGAUAAUAAGUACCUGACCGACAAUUUCCCACAAAUAUGGCCCGAGAUCUUCGGACUUGAUCUGGGCACUGCACCGCUUCAGCUCGGACAUCAUUGCUGUGAGCAAUUUGCAGUUACCAAACAGAGAAUCCGACAAAGACGAUGGAGCGACUACGACCGAAUGAUUCAGUGGAUAGCUAGGGCUCGGUGGUCAGACAGCUAUGGGGUAGGCUGGCUCAUGGAGAAGCUAUGGCAUGUUAUUUUUGGGAUGCCUCCUGUCGAGUAUGUUUCUCUUAUCUCCACUCUCAUCAAAAAGGCAAUGGAGUUUUGA